AUGCAGCCCCUGGUGAUGCAGGAAUGGCCUUAUGUCCUCCCACGGUGUCCUGAGUGGCAUGCCCCAGAGCUGGUGCAGCACAACAGCACUGCCCACCCGCUGUCUCAGGUUGAUGUCUCACAGGAUGGUGCAGGACCUUCGUGCAUAACCCCCCGGGCUCUGAGCAGUGCUGCUGGGCCCCAGGCCCCUCUGGAGAUGAAUCUUUGCUGGAACGAGAUAAAAAAGAAAUCCCACAGCCUUCGGGCUCGGCUGGAGGCCUUUUCUGACCACAGUGGGAAGCUGCAGGUGCCUCUCCAGGAAAUCAUAGACUGGCUGGGGCAGAAGGAUGAGGAGCUCUCAGCACAGCUGCCCCUGCGGGGUGAUGUCCUUCUGGUGCAGCAGGAGAAGGAGAUGCAUGCGGCUUUCAUGGAAGAAGUGAAGUCUCGGGGACCGUACAUUUACUCUGUCCUGGAGUCGGCACAGGCUUUCCUUUCCCAGCAUCCGUUUGAGGAAUUAGAAGAACCAACUUCAGAAAGCAAAGAUGUCUCUCCCCGGCACCGGAUCCAGAACCUCAGCCGCUUCGUCUGGAAGCAGGCGAACGUGGCCAGCGAGCUCUGGGAGAAGCUCACCGCCCGCUGCGUGGACCAGCACCGUCACAUCGAGCGGACUCUGGAGCAGCUGCUGGAGAUUAAAGGGGCCAUGGAGGAGCUCAGCACAACGCUAGACCAGGCUGAAAGCGUGCGUGAAACCUGGGAGCCCAUUGGGGACCUCUUCAUUGACUCCUUGCCAGAACACAUCCAGUCGACAAAGCUGUUCAAAGAGGAGCUCUCCCCCAUGAAGGAUGGGGUGAAAGUGGUCAAUGAUCUUGCACACCAGCUUGCCAUCUCAGAUGUCCACCUGUCCAUGGAGAACUCCCGCACCCUGGAGCAGAUCAACACGCGCUGGAAGCAGCUGCAGGCCUCCAUAAACGAACGCCUGAAGCAGCUCCAAGAUGCCCACCGGGACUUUGGACCAGGCUCCCAGCACUUCCUCUCCUCCUCUGUCCAGGUCCCCUGGGAGCGAGCCAUUUCCCCCAACAAAGUGCCAUACUACAUCAACCACCAGGCCCAGACGACAUGCUGGGACCACCCGAAGAUGACAGAGUUGUACCAGACGCUGGCGGAUUUGAACAACAUCAAGUUCUCAGCUUAUCGGACGGCUAUGAAACUGCGGCGAGUGCAAAAAGCCCUGCGAUUGGACAUGGUGACCCUGACCACAGCCUUGGAAAUCUUCAACGAGCACAAUCUGCAGCCCAGCGACCGGGCAAUGGACGUGGUAGAGGUCAUCCACUGCCUGACUGCCCUCUACGAGAGGCUGGAGGAGGAGAGGGGCAUCCUGGUGAAUGUCCCACUCUGUGUGGACAUGAGCCUCAACUGGCUGCUGAAUGUCUUUGACAGUGGCCGCAGCGGGAAGAUGAGAGCUCUCUCCUUCAAGACAGGCAUUGCAUGUCUGUGUGGGACAGAGGUCAAGGAGAAGUUUCAGUAUCUCUUCAGCCAAGUGGCGAACGCUGGGGGACUGUGUGACCAGAGGCACCUCGGCGUCCUGCUCCACGAGGCCAUCCAGGUCCCACGCCAGCUGGGGGAGGUGGCAGCUUUUGGAGGCAGCAACGUGGAGCCCAGCAUCCGCAGCUGCUUCCGCUUUAGCAAUGGGAAGUCCACCAUUGAGGCAUCCCAGUUCCUGGAGUGGGCCAACCUGGAGCCACAGUCCAUGGUGUGGCUGGCCGUGCUGCACCGGGUGACCAUGGCCGAGCAGGUGAAGCAUCAGACCAAGUGCUCCGUCUGCCGGCAGUGCCCCAUCAAGGGCUUCAGGUACCGGAGCCUGAAGCAGUUCAAUGUGGAUAUUUGCCAGACUUGCUUCCUCACCGGGCGAGCCAGCAAGGGCAACAAGCUGCACUACCCCAUCAUGGAGUACUACACCCCGACUACAUCCAGCGAGAACGUGAGAGAUUUUGCUACAACGCUGAAGAACAAGUUCCGGUCCAAGCAGUACUUCAGCAAGCACCCACAGAGAGGUUACCUGCCUGUCCAGUCUGUGCUUGAGGCUGACUUCUCUGAAACCCCAGCCUCCUCCCCGAUGUUACCACAUGCUGACACCCACUCCCGGAUCGAGCACUUUGCUAGCAGGCUUGCAGAGAUGGAAAGCCAGAACUGUUCCUUCUUCAGUGACAGCCUGUCCCCUGAUGAUAGCCUGGAUGAGGACCAGUACCUGCUACGUCAUUCCAGCCCCAUCACGGACAGAGAGCCUGGGGGCAACCAGCAGGUCCCAGGAAGCCUCAACAUGGAUGACAAGGGAGAUCUGGAGAGAAUCCUGGCCCACUUAGAGGAUGAAAACAGAAUCCUCCAGGGAGAGCUGAGACGUUUGAAAUGGCAGCAUGAUGAGGCAGUGGAGUCUCCAACCUUGGCUACAGGUUCCCCUGAAUCAGUGCAAGACCCACAUAACGAUGAGCUCCUGGCAGAAGCACGAAUCCUCCGGCAGCACAAGAGCCGCCUGGAGACUCGCAUGCAGAUCCUGGAGGACCACAACAAGCAGCUGGAGUCCCAGCUGCACCGACUGAGGGAGCUCCUGCUGCAGCCUCCAGCAGAGUCAGAUGGCAAUGGCUCAGCAGGCUCCUCCUUGGCCUCAACUCUGCAUCAGUCUGAAGACAGCCAGGCAAAGGAGAAAGAGCACAACACCCCUGACACCGAAGCUGCAGAUGAGGUGGAAGCCAAAACCCAGGAAGUCAGCGUGUGCCUGGAAGACAUCAUGGAGAAGCUGCGGAGCGCCUUCCCCAGCUCUCGAGGUACUCGAGUGAAAUCCCCCUCCAUGGCCUCCUACUGCUCCCUCAGAUGA